GUGGGGGUUGUUCUUUUUCUCUGUUACUUGCAUCAUCAACUACAUGCAACUUGCAACUCUACAUACAUUUGGCUGAGGUGGCUCGACCUCCCACUUCUUGUCAUCUCGUCCGAUCUAUUUGGCCACCCACAUACCUCUCAAUCCCAACAUACUCAGAGGACGGAUUCAAAGUCAACACCGAAAGGGCGACCAACUGGAAAGAUUUCAAAGCAGAAUCCUUGAACCUUCUUCGCUGAACCUUUACACCACGAAUGCAUUGAUCCUAUCUUUUGCAAUCAAGCCAAGUUACUAGGGGAUUUCUUCUUACCCCCCCCCCCCCUUUCAACAACAAGUGGCUUGAGUUUUCUCUUAAACUUACUAGCAAGACAUCACCUUCUUCGUCAUCAAAUCCGUCCAUCCAAUACACACGCUACCAACCUUCGACCUCUCCCACAUACAUUGUUUUGUCCACUACCACCUGAGUUUCGUAUCCAGCAAUCUCUCAUCCCCACUAGUUUGAUGAUCUGGUGUUGAACCGUCAAAUAGUUUCUCGUCUACCCGCCCGCUGGCCCCAACGCUCUUGGGGUCUCGAACGAUCGUGGGUCUCAACGGUUGACGUACAUCUAAUCUGCUUGGCGAGGUUGAAUCGCAGCCGAAACUCUAUUCUGGAUCUGGUUCUUGCCUCUUCCUCCCUGUCUCCGAAGGCUGUGCGCUUGGAGCCAUUGAAUCUUUCAAGAGGUUUCGUCUCCUCUCUCCCCGCCAUCGUCAAAACAAUCUGCUAGGCCAGAGAAGAUUCCACCUUGUACUAUCUAUCCUUCAUUCCUCUUUCUUCCUCCAUCUUUCUCUCUCGAUCAUCUGGAUCUUUUAAGAGCCUGGAUACGAACAUAUUUCUUUUUUUUUUCAUCCCGCCAUCAUGGUGUAUUGUGGGAAGCCCUCCAGGGGCUGUCAAAUGUGCCGCACACGGAGAAUAAAGUGUGACGAGACCAAGCCGACAUGCAACCAGUGCACCAAAGCAAGGCGGACAUGUCCUGGCUACAAGGACGAGUUCGACCUCGUGUUCCGGAACGAGACCAAAGCGACCGAGCGAAGGGCGCUGAAGAAAGGCGCGCGGAAGUCUCCACUCGACAGCAAAUUCAAGAGCAGUAAUGUCGUUGUCGUCACCAGCGGCAACAUCAGCAGUAGCAGUAGCAGCAGCUGCACCAGCUUGGUCUCACCGACGUCAUCUCUCGACAGCGCGCUGUCGCCCACAGGGAGCGGAUUCAUGCGCUUGCCUUCUAGCGAGGGCAACAUCUCACCCCUUCUGAGUGUUCCGACGGAGCAACUAGCGAGCUGUCACUUCUUUUCCAACUUCGUCCUGGUCCCGCGCCAAGGAUGUACGAGAGGAUUCAUGGACUACCUGCUGCCGCUUAUGAAGAAUGAACCGAGUAAUGGCCACUUACAGCAUGCCUUCAAUGCGUGCUCCCUUGCGCACUUGGGCAACCGUGUCAAGACCAGCCACCAAGAUAUCCCCAACAAAGCGCUCUCAGAGUACACAAUGGCGUUGGCGGCAACCCACACGGCGUUGCAAGACCCGGUCUUGUCAAAGACGGACGCGACGCUGGCAGCUGUGUUGUUGCUUGGGUUGUACGAGAACAUUACUGCCAAGGAGAUGGGCGUCUUCUCCUGGGGUUCCCACAUCGAAGGUGCCAUCUCGCUCGUCAAAUCGCGGGGCCGCGAGCAGCUACGCACCAAGACAGGCCUGCUCCUCUUCAUCGCCGUGCGCACGCAGAUGAUCAUCCACACGCUAGGCUCAGGCAAGGCCCCCAUCAUGGGCGUCGACUGGUGGCUCUCUGACGCGGUCAAGGACGAGUCCGCCGCCGAGUGCCAGCGCAUCAACAUCAAGACGAGCGAGCUCCGGGCCGAGAUUCUCCGCCUGAUGGGCCAGAUGGCACGCACGCCUGAGAACAUUGAGCUGAUCCUGGCCCUGAUCCGCCGGGCCCAGAUGGUCGACGCCGAGUGCGUGCGCUGGACGAAGAACGUGCCCGACAGCUGGCGGUGGAAGAGCGUAGCGUGGGAGGAUAGCGUGCCGAGCGGUGACUUUAGCCGCGCCGAGGUUUUCCCCGGGCGUGUCGACGUAUACCGGGACUUUUAUAUUGCCAGCGUGUGGAACCUCAUGCGUGUGUCGCGCCUCAUCCUGGCGAGCAUCAUCGUGCGCUGUGCCGCCUGGGUGUGUAGCCCCGUCGACUACAGGACCACGCCCGAGUACGCCACCGCCGCGAGGACCUGCGUCGAUACCAUCACCGACAUCAUCGCCAGCGUGCCGUACCACCUGGGCUGGCAUCUCAAACCCGAGAGGAAACACUUGUUGGAGAGACAGCUGAGCGGCUUCGCGUGUGGAGAAGAGGACUCGCUCAAGGGCUUGGCCGGAUACUUUUUGUCAUGGCCACUGGGCUGUAUCCAGGGCCAGGACUACACGACGGACGCGCAGAGGAGCUGGAUCAAGGGACGGUUGAGGUACAUCGCGGACGAGCUCGGCGUCAAGUAUGCGCACAUCUUAUGCCAGCUCAACGUGCGCAUCCCCUCGAUGCUCAUUCGUAGGGACGGGCUCAUGACCCAGCCCUACCCCAUUUCUUCCAACUUUGUCAAGCUCAUGUCCGCGCGCCAUGCGCCGCCCACCACAGGUUACACGAUGAACCCUUUGCAGCAGCGCGAGGCCAUGCUGAAGGAGCAGUUCGAGAACAAGAGGACAGAGCUACUCCGGAUGGCCUCCAACAACGCUGGGCCGGGCGUUGAGUAUGUGGCCAAGAGCUGGCUGAGUGUCUGAACGCAGCGGAGGGGGGAAACAAGGAGGGGAGGGGCAGUGUGUCCUCCCUCCUUCACGAUUGAGAAAAGGGAUUCUCGUACCGAUAUUUUCAACAUGGUAACUUGGCAGGACAGGCUUGGCAUUAGAGAGUGUCUUAAUUUGUUUCUCUUUUUUCUUCUUUUCCCCCAUUCAGGCUUGGAAACCAGGCCAUUGACAACCACCGAUUGGCGAUGGGUAUUUCCUUGCAGUCUGGGCGCCAUAAGAGAAAAAUCACCUCGUUCCAGGCGAACCGGGGCAAAACAUUAUUUCUGUAUAUGGCGUUGUCGAUUUGUCAUUGGCAGCAGACAGCCACACACAACGGAGCUACCCCUCGUAAGGGUUGCGAGCAUCUGGGCCGGAGUCUUGCAGUGCGUAUCUUUUCUUCUUCUAUGUCCAAUGAUACCUUUAUUCAUUCAUAAGCUUGAUUAAGCACAUCGUAUCUCCGCGUUCCAAAUUCAUGACUCCGUUAUGUGCCCUGUGCCCUGACGCUGCUGCUUCAACUAUGCCCUGUAUACGCUAGUAGCACUUGCUUCGAGGUUCGCCUCGCCUGGAUGGACGACAGUGCCACAAUUCGUUUAUAGGGUCACGCUGGUAACAUGUUUGCCAUGGUCACCAGGGCAUGGCACCGAUAUCGUGCCGAGGGUGCCCCUGAUCGGUGCUUACCAUAGACGAUGCCCUAUCCCUUUGCUCAAGUCACACGCACAACGCGAGUUCUGCGAUUGCCGACAUCCUUUGCUCCUUGUGGCAAAGCUGGAAAGUUUGCAAAGCGCAAGCAUGAAAAACGUUGAUGUGCAUGAACUUUCAAAACGUAUUGUCGUAGCAAGUACACGUAAAUUGAAUGCAGGAGAAAGCUGGAUAUCGUCAAGUAGAUCCAUGAAGAAAGAUGACAAAAAAUACCAUAUUUCACCGGGUAUCGUCGAAUGCGCGCAGAGACAAUUGUCAGUCGGCCGUUAAAACAUGAUCAUAAGCGGCCAGUCUAUAUGGUCGGCCAGGAUACGCCAGCAAGAUAAAUUGUAGCAAAAAG